UGACUUUGCAAAAUGCGAGUGAGCGGACGUUUAUUUUUCAUUAUUAUAAUUCAUUGCAGUGCUCGUUCAUGUGAGUCAAUGAAUCGUGUUGAACGUCAUUUCGUAUCUCUAUUUGGUUUUAGAUACAAUGAAAGAAGUGCAAUACGCUCCAGACCUUUUGUGUAUUCUCCUAUAAUAAUCAUUCCGACAUUCAGUCAAAAACACAAUUUUCAAGAGUCCAUUGGUGAUAACAGUUAUCAAGAAAAUGAUGUGUUUCAAAACCUUACAACAGCUGACACAAACUCAAGUAACGAUCAAAGUCUAAAUGACACCGAUCGAGUUUCAUUCAGUGCUUCUACUAUCCAAGAAGAUACAGGCGUUGGUAUAGAUCCGAGAGAAGUGGCCAAUUUAAGAUUAGACAACAACACAACUGAUGGAAUUCUUACAACUAAUAUAGAAAUGACGACAAUAACGCCAGUUACUUCAGGCAUAAAUACCACGGAGCAAGUUACAGGAUCAUUAAUCGAGACUACAAAAAAGCCUGCCGGAGUUUAUUCUGCACCCAAAUAUGAUAAUGAAUUUCUCCAAAACUUAUCAUUGACUACAUUGGCUCCAUUAACACUCAGUAAAUUUGCUUUGCCAGAAAACAAUGAUAAUUGGAAAAUGUUUGCAACUAGUACCAAAGACAACAUUGCUUUGAGUACCGCUAAUAACCUUUUUGAUGACAAUCAAUGGAGCAAACUUUCGUCGAAUCUUUAUUUACCAGGUCAAUUUAGACCCAUUGCCGGUUUGUACCACGAUGGAUAUCUCCACAGACCUUUGUUAAACAAACAAGGAUUUGUACCAUCUCGGGAAUUGUAUGGGCCAAACACGUAG